AUGUCUGCGUGGAAGCGUGGAGCUGAUUCACCAGGGAGUAGUAGAGGCGGUGGCGGCGGUGGAAGGUGGGCGCCAUGCCACAGAGACUCCCGCCACGUGGCUGCAGAGGAGGACUAUGACGACUACAAGCAUGAUGACAGGAGACACCCCUAUGACCACCAGGGCACCCACCACCACCGCCACAGUAGCGGAGGCACUAGGGGGGCUACGACGCGCCCUGGUGGUCGUCACGAACGACGUCGCAAACGCAGUCGCGGCCGUCGUGCGGACUAUGACAGUGCGAGUGACACUAGUGUGCCCAGUGGAACUUGGGAGGAUCAGCAGGAUUAUUUGCAUCAUCGUCGCACACGGCAGCGAUGGGAGUCUUCGCCGCAUCGGCGACACCGUCACCGUCGCCGCUCCGCGUCAUCAUCUCGCGGGCGUGACACACGUCAUCCUCAGCGUCAGCAGGAGCAGUGGCGGCGGGGGGACAAAGAGCCACACGCUACAGAGCGACGAACACACAACGAGGAGGGUGUCUCGCGGCCUGUAGCCGCCACGGCGGCAGAGCGGCGUCAGCAACAACUUUUUUCCGCCUUGGACUCUCAACUUGCCUCCUAUCGGGGUCGUGGCCCCUGCGAUGCCGAUGCGAAUGGCGACGUAAACAGCGGUCGAAGGUUGCAGCACGAGGACCAGAAGAAGGAAUGCGGUGGGACAGGCAGCGCCACAGUUCCAUCAACUCGCGUUGUGUUGUACGGGGUGGACUUGGGGGUGCAGCCGUGCCACCUGAGCUCCAUGCUGGAGCAGCUCGUUGGGCAGCGUCCAUUAAGCGUUUUCCGCCCCGCGGCGGUGCUACGGCAGUCUCUCUGCGAGACUGCGACGACGGGUGUAGGGGCACCGCUGGCUGGCAGAAGCGCAGACAACUGUCUUCGUUUGGGGCUUUACGAAGUAGGCGGUGCGGGUGGCGUGGUGGUAAUGGAGCUGCCGCGGGAUAGCGAGCUUGUGGCGUCGGUGGUGGCGGCGCUGAAUGGAGCGUACGUCAACGGCAGCCCCAUCACAGCGGUGGCGGGGUGUUGA